UUCUUUUUUUUUUUUUUUUUUUUUACUCUCCCCCCCCCCCUCCCUUCUCGGAGCGCUGUGGAAGAGAGUGUUUUCUUCAGGGUAUUAAGCUGAGAAUACAGAAGAGGAGAGGCUCAGACCUUUACCUCAUUGCCUCAUUCUCCCUUCCAUGUGAACGUUCUGCAACGUUUCCUUCAUCCUGCCGCACCUCUCACCUGGCCAGCGCUGUCCGGACCAUGUCCGCUAAGCUCCUGCCGGUUCUCUUCCUCCUCUCAGUGUUCCACGCUUGUUCUAGAAAGAUUGAAGAGGAUGAAUAUGAAGAUGGAACAACUAACCAAAAAUGGGUUUUAGCUCCAAAAACACAAGACACAGAUGUGACUCUGAUACUAAACAAGCUCUUGAGAGAGUAUGACAAAAAGCUGCGGCCAGAUAUUGGAAUAAAACCAACAGUUAUUGAUGUUGACAUUUAUGUUAACAGCAUUGGUCCCGUAUCAUCAAUAAAUAUGGAAUAUCAAAUUGAUAUAUUUUUUGCCCAGACAUGGACAGACAGCCGUCUUCGCUUCAACAGCACCAUGAAGAUACUGACUCUGAACAGCAACAUGGUUGGCUUGAUCUGGAUCCCAGACACGAUAUUUCGUAACUCAAAGACAGCAGAGGCUCACUGGAUCACCACCCCAAACCAGCUCCUCCGCAUAUGGAAUGAUGGCAAGAUCUUGUACACCCUCAGGCUUACCAUCAAUGCUGAGUGCCAGCUGCAGCUGCACAACUUUCCCAUGGAUGAACACUCCUGUCCUCUGAUAUUCUCCAGCUAUGGCUAUCCUAAAGAGGAAAUGAUUUACAGAUGGAGGAAAAAUUCAGUGGAGGCUGCUGACCAGAAAUCUUGGAGGCUCUAUCAGUUUGACUUUAUGGGUCUCAGAAAUACUUCAGAAAUUGUGAAAACCUCUGCAGGUGAUUAUGUAGUCAUGACUAUAUACUUUGACUUAAGUAGAAGAAUGGGAUACUUCACUAUACAAACAUACAUUCCCUGUAUAUUAACAGUUGUUCUCUCCUGGGUAUCCUUUUGGAUCAAAAAAGAUGCCACACCAGCAAGAACAGCAUUAGGCAUCACCACAGUAUUGACCAUGACAACUUUGAGUACCAUCGCAAGAAAGUCAUUGCCCCGUGUUUCCUAUGUCACUGCCAUGGAUUUGUUUGUGACUGUAUGCUUUCUAUUUGUAUUUGCUGCUCUGAUGGAGUAUGCCACCCUCAACUACUACUCAAGUUGCAGGAAACCAAACUGUACUAAGAAGAAAAAGUCGCUACCUGAUGUAAGUUUUGGUCAUGUUAUGAAUUAUUCUGUACUUGAUAUGAGACCACCAACUACAGUCAUCACAUUGAACAAUGCCAUGUAUUGGCAAGAUUUUGAAGAUGCAUGUGUCUAUGAAUGUCUGGAUGGGAAAGACUGUCAGAGCUUUUUCUGUUGUUAUGAAGAGUGUAAAUCAGGCUCAUGGAGGAGAGGACGGAUUCACAUAGACAUCUUAGAACUGGACUCUUACUCUAGGGUCUUUUUUCCUACAUCCUUCCUGCUGUUUAACCUGGUCUACUGGGUUGGAUACCUCUAUCUUUAAAUGUUGCCUGUAGCAGUGAAGACUGCUGCGUUUUCUCACUGCAGAUGGAUGGUGAAAGUGCAGAAAAAGUGAAGGACACAGUCAGUUUCAUCUCCAAUUAAAAAAGAACAUAUUAACUUCUACCAUCACAGAGCCUGAUGAAGAAUUUUAAAAUGUAUUUUCCUGAAAAAGAAAAACACAGAAGAAUUCUCUCCUAACUGCUAUUUGUUUUAAGAAAAAGGUUCUUACAAAGUUCAGCUGAAUUUGUAGCGUAAGCGAUGUUUAUGAAUAAUUAUUGUAUAUUAAAAUCUCUACUAUUGUCCCUUACCAUAGGAGCUAUUCACAAUUCAGGCUUAAAUAUGUAAUUUUUAUUUUUCAUUCUCAUACUUUCUUCAAAAUGCUGCCAUAUCUCUAAGGCUCAGAGAAAUGUACACUGGCACUAGCAAAUAAGCCAAAGCUGAUGAAAAAGCUCAUUUCUAUUUACAAUUGCUUGAUACCAUAGGUUUUGGGGAAAUUGAUGAUCUCCUUGAUAUAGAGUAACCACCAAGAGACAAUAAGAAAUGUCUGGUAGGGUCAAAAUGUGGACGUGACAUUCUGCAGAGGUCUGAGAUUCAUUGAGUUAACCACUUACCCACACAUAUUGGUUUUAACUUAGAGGUGAAAAGGCAGAAAGAGAGGAAAGCUAUAAUUUUUAUAUAAAUAAGACUUGCCUAUCUGUAAGGCAGUUGUAGGCAUGACUUCUACAAUUUUUCAAGCUUUUAACUGUGUUUUUUUACGACUCAUUAAACACAGGAUGGUCAUUGAUUUCUAAAGUAUUAUACUUGAAGCAGGACAAGAUUCCUGUUUAUUUGUGUCAUUGUAGCAGUUCAUAGUGCAUAGCACAUGAGUAAAAUUAUAGUAGCACCAGGAAUAUGUGACUUUCUUUGGAUUUCAAUCAGUUCAAAAAGUGUGCCCACACAUUCUUAUUUUUUCUCUCAAAGUUGUAUUAUAAAAUGGAAAAAACAUGUGCCAAAGGACUUUUUUUUUCUUUUCAUAACAUUAAACACUGCAAUAUUUACUCACAGUAGUUGUUCCCUAGGCCUGAGCUAAAGAGUGAACACUUGUGGCUUGAAUAGUGCAUUACAGGAACUCAGUUGUGACACUUAGAUUAAAUAUGAAAUAGCUGCCACAUGUAGAAAGAGGUUCUUUUAAUCCUUUUCCAAAAUUUCCAACUAUAUUUUACACUAAAAAACAAUUUUGCAUUUUUCAAGGUUUUCAGUAUUCAAUUUUAAACUACCCAUUAUUUCAAAAUCUAGUUUUACAGUAUUAAACUAAGCAACGUCUUUUACAGACUGUCUACAUAAUUGUUAUUAAGCAAACAAAACAUAUCCAGAAUUAAAUAGCAAUAGCUUUUCUCUACCCUUUGCAUGACAAAUUGUUACAAAAGAUUGAAGUUAAAAGAUAAUUAAAACAACAAUUCUAUUUCUUUUCUCUUUUGGAGAUAAUUUUUUAUGAACUCAAAAAAUGUGUGUCUCUUCCAGGCAGCAUUUGAUGAAAAAAUGAAUAGUGGAUGUGACUUGAAAGGAGUUCCUUUUUCCUCAGAAGGAAAACCCUGCAAACAAGCAAAAACUAAUGCAAUGGUAAUUCUAAAGGAACAGAAAUGCUAUUAUGUUCUUUGAAACAUCACUGUCUUUCAUUGCUGUUGCUCUGUUUUUCCACUGAGUUUUAAUAAGGAAAAAAAAAAACCAAAAAAAACCCCAAAAAACCCAAAACUAAUCCAAAAGUUAAUUUUAGUUUUUCAAAAACUUUCUUCUGUUUUUAACUUGUCUCAAAUAUCUGAAACAUAGGUUGUUUAGGUUGUGGAGGGGAAUUACUUCUGUAAGGACUGAAAAAAUUCAUAUUAGAAGCACAGAGAAGAAAUAUUUUGAGGCAGAAUAAAAGCCUUAUUUUUAGAAAAAUCUGCCCAAUCGGAUGUCUUCUAAACCAAUGAUAACCUUAUGAUUUCAAAAUACAUGUUGAAAAUUUUGCUAACUCUAAUUAGCAAAUUAGCUGCUCUGUAAAGCUAUGUCCUGGACUUGGAGGUAUGGACUUAAUUUGAGGAUGACAGUGAUAUUUUAAGUAGUGCAAGAAGGUGAUUAAAUUUGAGUUGGAUAUCCUGAUCUCUAAUUAUUAAUUAGUCUACUUACCUUCAGCCAUAUUUUGCAAGAAUGCUGGAAAUAUGCCAAGUUGAAUAAAAAGAAUGGAAUCUUUCCUUUAGGGAGGUUAUCCUGCAAACACUCUGCACAAUCAAUUGAUUUUGGUGGUCGUAUUGAGACAAAUGAUGCACAAUCAGGUGCCUUCCACCAUUAAGAUCUUGAAUAGAUAAAGUGAUGUUUAUUUAACAAUUCCAAACUGUGUGAAUUUUCUGGGAAGUGGAACAUUCCCAUAUUAGAUGAUGAGCAUAUGCUUUUCUUGCCCUUCUGGUCAUGGCUGCUCAUGAGCCCUGCUGAAAGCAGACAAUCCCAACAGAUCCUUCUUUGGAAGACUGAUUCUGCUAAGUCCAUUCAUAUUGCCCAUUUUCUGAAUUUUUUCAUAAAUAGAAGAUGGAAGCAAAUAAUUCCAGCUUUUCCCACUGUCCUAAAUCAAGAAAGAAGCUUCAAACACUACCACAUUCUGCUCUUACAGUGAGAGCAGAGGACACAUUCUACUGUGUAAUUUAUUCUACUCUGGGGUUAUCGAAAAAUUGAUUUUUAUGCAAGGCAAAUGGCUGCAAGCUGGCAGGUUCCUGAAUUCAUUCCUCUGCUUGUUCCCAGCAACUUGGCUUACUCUCACUGCUUUAUUGCUCCGUGUUUUGGCAGCCACUGAAAAACCUUAGCGAUCUGGGAAGACAGGCUUUCUAUGAUCUGCGUCAUUCAAAAUAUCAUUGUGGUCUGUAUACAUCUCUGUGCCAUAUCCUUCUGUAGGAGUAAGAAUAUCUUAAUUCACCUUCAGAUAUUCUUUUGCUUCUUUUGCAAAUUGGCAAAAGUUAACAUUUUUGUGUUCUGUCCCAUGAAAAAUGUAAGAACUGUAUUUUAGCAUUCUAGAACAUUUUCUUAUCAAAUCAUUUCGUAUUAGAAACUUGCAUUUAUUCAACUACUUCUUUUUUAUUAUUUAGUACUUACUUUUACCCUUCCAAGGAAGGGAACAGAGGGAGGAAAAACCAAAUUAGUAGUGAAAUGAGCACAUUUGGCUAUCUAAAACCUCGAAACCAAGUAUGUUCACUUUAUAUUUCUUCCUUGUCGAAGUUGCAGAAGGCAUUGUGAGGGUUUUUUAAUUAAUCACCUUUGUUUCCCAGGAGGAUCUAAAGUCAGUCCUCUUAUUCUCCCCUUCAAUUAAAAGUUCUUGGGCAUAGUUUUUCUUUAUUGAGGGCAGCAUUUUCCAGGCAAUUAAGAAUGUAUAAAAAAUACUGGUCUGCUUAAUUCAAUCUUCUCCAUUUUCCUGGCUCUGAUGCUUAGCAAAUUGACAGCUUUUUUUUUUUACAGCCACUCUUCCAAGAAUAAGGGUAUAAAAAUUUGUAGCCAGUUUAUGCUCUCUCAGUGUCCAGCAGUAAUGUGGAACUGCAGUGCCACACAAUUAUAAUACAACUUUCUAACCAAAAAGUAGGGGUGUAUUUUAAAACACCUCAGGCAUUUUGAUAACAUUCUCUUUGUCAUGUUCUCCUUAAUCAACUCUCAACUGUAUAUUGCUAUAUUGUUCAUACCAAUAAAAUUUACAAAAAUUACAAAAAGCCAGAACUGUCUUCACAGAGACAGUGAUGAGUAGUGAAGCUAAAAGAAGAAAAAGAAAUUAUUUUUUAUUGCUGUGCAGCUCUUAUCUGUCGCAAUCCUCUUAUUCAAUUUAACCCACAGCUAAUUCCAAAUCAUCCACCUGGAGGUUUGCACAUUCAUCAGCUGGAACAGCAGUGACACAUGAGUCUUUAGCUGAUAGGAAAUUAUUUCUGGAACUGCAGGCAUACUGCCAAAUAACUCAGAUAGCUAUCUUAAAAACUUCUGCAGCUCUAAUGUGUCUUGUUGUCUAGCAUCUCACCUUAUUUCAUGAAUUUAUCACAACUCUCCUUACUAAGUCAUUUCAUGAAAGGAAUGCUGUUUACCUCCUUUUUAUACAAAAUUUCACCAUAUAUCUAAUAAAAUUACUCUCCUACAUGAGCGAACAACAGGUAGCUCUGGAACUGCUGACUAUUGUGGGAAGGGAGACUCAGUAUUUUAAGACAGACAGAUUUCACAGAAUCACAGAAUCAGAUAGGUUGGAAAAUACCUUAGAGAUCAUCAAGUCCAACCUAUGACCUAAACCAUAGCACUAAGUGCCAUAUCCUGUCUUUUUUUACCCACCUCCAGGGACUAUUUCAUUAGCCUCACCAUUUGGAGGGUUGGUGUUACCUUCUAAACUGUAAAACAAAAUGCCCACUGAAACUUGUAAAAGCUGUCCAUAACAGACUGUACUUUUUCCAUUGGCUGCUCUUUCCUGGUUUCCAUGUAAUGCAGUAAGAAAAGGCAAGCCAUAUCUCAUAAUCUUAUAUGCCUACACAGGCAGAUGAUUUUUUUCAAGGCAUCUUCUUCUUCUUGCUCACAGUGAAAUGCUUGUGCCUCUUACGUCAGUGCCUUUAUCAUUUAUUAAUAUAAAAGGAUAGUCCUUAACAUUAGGGUAUAUUUCUCAUUUGAAAGUUAGAAAGUGGGACCAAUGACCUUCCUGGAGUUCUUCCUGAGCACCACAGUGUGUGAUCAAUAUUCUCAAUGUCUUUAACCUACAGACUGAGCAUUUCUCUGCAUUUUCUUUAUUUUUCUAAACAGUCUGUAGGUUUCUUAUUUCCUAUAUAGCAAAAGGCUGCAGUGGAAUUUCAGCAGUUUAGCAGAAUCCUUCCUUCUUCACUCAGCAAUUUCAUUCUGCCAAGAGAUACAGAGCAUAAAAUCAAGGCUCAUCCAGAUCUCUUUCCAGAAGACUACUUAAAAUAGGCAAAAACCAGACUAUGUAUUGGGAAUGUAUUUCCACAGAUGAAAGGUGAGAUAUUUUGCUUUAGAGGUUUGUUGGCUUUUUUUAUCAGUUAAUUUUAGAUCCUUCCUCCCUCCACAAGCAUAAAAUUAGCUCAACUUACACUUGACUACUGAGAAAAAGGUAUAGUGUUAUUAGUCUUGUUCUAUACUUGUAUGCCUACCACCUUCUUAUGGUUCAUCACACUCUCUUCUUGAAGGGUUCUAGUAUAUAUGUGAAAAAAUGAAGGCCUUUCUUCAAGACUCAGUGGCCUUAAUAGUAUUCUUUUUCCCUGGGAUCUAGGAGGAGUUCUUUCUUCGUAAUUAAGGCCACAGUUUAGAUACUAAAACCAAAGCUGUGUUCUAUAAAUAAAGGGAAAUUAUGUUUCAACAAAAAAAAUUAUCUCAGCUUGACCAGAAUUACUAUGAGAAGUUAAACAGUAAAUUGUUUUUAUGCUGAAAAUUUGAUGGAUAAUUUAAAGAGAUAUGAUGGCCUACAACCCUGUCUAGCUAGGACUAAGUCCUGAACUAGGGAUAAAUAUUGUUCUAACCAUCUAGUUUACCUAGCAGCUGUUUCUUUAAAUGACUUUGUAUUGUGACUGACUUCAAGCACUUGGUUAGUUACUGCUGACAUUCCUCAAGUGAGAUAUCCAAUAUCUGUGAUGAUGUAUUGCUUUCUACAGACUACUUUCUUUUACUUUUCUUUUUUUGUUUUGGGUUAUUUGCUGUUUAUAAAGGACAAGCAGAAGAUGUGGUUAUGUCUAUUCAUAUAGGGGAAAGCUUUCUCAAGGAUGAACCAGGCAAAGCAGGCACUGAUAUGUAGCCAGUAACUUGCUGGGUAUUCUUUUAUCUAAGUAAGGAAUGGCUCUAGUCAGAGGAGACACAACAGCCUCUGGUGCCAUCGAAGCACCCACAUGGAGGCUUAAGCCAGCCUGUGGAGCUUCUUAUAGGGGAAUGCAGUGCUCCCUUCAGUGUUUAAUACAGCCCUUAAUACUCUUUUAAUGUCUCUAUAACUUCUUGCAGUAGUGCUUCCAAGACAGGAAGCUGUAAUGAAACAAUAUAUUCUAAAAUACAAAGAAUUAAAUACCCACAGUGAAGCUGGUGAUGGCUUUUUACUGAGAGUGUAUUAGGAUUACAAGUUUAAAAAAAACAGACCUACUAGGUCUGAGUCAAAGCUUUCCACAUUAAUUAAGACCACCGACCAGAAUAGGGGCUUGAGUUCAAAUCAGGAAUCAGGAAAAUCAUUGGAUAAUAUUCUGUAAGAGUUGAUUACUAAUUGUUUGGAUUCAAAACUUGUGGAGCGUAGAUUUGUAACUCAAGUAUUAGUGUGAGAUCUGUGAUUUACAUUCUUAAAGUGAGGCCCGAAACAGGUAAAUGCUAAACUUUCUAAAUUGCACAUUGAUAUAAAAUGGAUGAAGAGAACAAUACUGAUGACAUAUAUUUUAAAAACUAGUGACAAAUGUGAAAUAGAGCAUGCUACAGAGUCCAUUCCAUGCUUAUGGACCUCAUGGGAUCUUUAAAAUAAAAGCAACUGUGGAACUCAUGGAAAGCUGCUAAAAUAAUUGCAUUUGACAGUAUUACACAGGCAGCCCAGGGAAGUACAGCACUGUCAGACAGAGUGCUGCAAAGGAAAAAAAAAUAAAUUAAACAGAAUAAGCUCCCAUGAAACACUUCCUCUGAACAACACGGGAAAUCUGGUGCAGAAAUUACAGUAUCACACUCCCUUAUUCUCUUUCACAGUUGUUCAGGACUCCUGUGACUUUUUUGUUAUUCACAAUCACUUGCAAUGCCAACCUUAAAUCAUGGAUCAAGCUGUGGCUACCACAGGUUAUCACUAAACCCCUCACAUAAUCUUGAUCUAAACUGUCAGUAUACUGCUAUCAAAACAUUUUUCCCCACCGUGACAACACAUGCAAUUUUUUUUCAAAGUGAGUGUAAUUUUAGUAAUCAAAUAAAUACUGCCAACUAUGUGCCAAAUUGAAUUUUCUUAUAGAAUACAGACAAAAUUUUAGAUUUCUAACUAUCCUUCCUUCCUAAGUUUUUGUUAGGGGUGUGUGACUUUGUUGCUAGCAGUGCAGCUUGUGAUGUCAUAGUGAAAUGAAAGUACAAUUAUGUGCCCAAUGUGCCUUGAAUAAUACAGGUAGCACUAGUACCAGUAUGUCAUUCUAAGUUAGAUAGCCAUCCCAGUGAUCCCCUAGAUUAACCUAAUCAGAAAAGUCAAACAUCCAUGUGCUUCAUCUCCUCAAGUUCUCAGACAAUGACUUUCCCUUCUUGAUCACAUCCAUUCCAGUUUACUUUGUGUUAAGGAGUAGGGCUGUGCGUCUAGAAUACUAUUUAUAUUCGUAUUUUGAUCCCGGCAUUUGUAUUUCUGGAUACAAAUAAAUACACAUUAACAGAAAA